GCUCGGGUUCGGUUCUAUAACGCAUGAGGACCGGGAUCAACGCAAGCGCUCCGGGACCGGGUUUCAGCAUGAGACAGAGACUUCUGAUGGACCGAUGAGGAGGGAUGGAGACCCGGAGCUGUGGGGUUCGACGCAUGUUGACUCUGACUCUGCUGCUGGCCUCGGUGUGUCCGUUGCGCUGCCGGGCCAGCUGGGUGUGGCUGGGUGUGACCUCCGCGGGAGUCCUGGAGAAACUGGGCUGCUCUAACCUCCCUCUGAGCGGCCGACAGCGCGAGCUGUGCCGCCGGAAGCCCUUCCUGCUGCCCAGCGUGCGGGACGGAGCCCGGCUCGCGGUGGCCGAGUGUCACAACCAGUUCAGGCACGAGCGCUGGAACUGCUCCACGUCCCAGGAGCCGCCCGUGUUCGGACACGAGCUCACUAGCGGAACCAAAGAAACUGCCUUUAUCCACGCGAUAAUGGCAGCCGGACUCGUGCACGCCGUCACGCAAUCCUGCAGUCAGGGAAACAUGACUGAGUGCGGCUGUGACGCCCAGCUGCGCGGCGUCAGCACAGGCAGCCCAGAGGGCUGGCACUGGGGCGGCUGCUCGGACCACAUCCAAUAUGGUACCUGGUUUAGCCGAAAGUUCAUUGACAAUACAGGGAAGAAUGUGUCCACAAGCCGAGGGGCGUUCACACUUAGCACCAUGAACCAGCACAACAGCGAGGCCGGGCGACAGGCUGUUGACAGGACAAUGUCCACGGAGUGUCGCUGUCACGGGGUUUCUGGUUCCUGUGCCGUGAAGACGUGCUGGAGGACGAUGGCGCCAUUUGAGCGUGUUGGCGCGUACCUGAAGGAGCGAUAUGAGCGCAGCGUGCAGGUGUCCGACCGCGCGAGGAGGAAAAUGAGGAGAAAGGAGCAGCGGAGGCCUGUAGAUAAAAAUCAGCUCGUCUACCUAAACAAGUCCCCCAACUAUUGCCUGGAGGACCGGCGGCAGGGCAUCACUGGGACCAAAGGCCGCCGGUGCAACCGAACCUCGGCCGGACCCGACGGCUGCAACUUGCUGUGUUGUGGGAGAGGAUACAACACGCACGUGGUGCGGCACGUGCAGCACUGUGAAUGCAAGUUUGUCUGGUGCUGCUACGUCCGCUGCAGGCGCUGUGAGAGCAUGAACGACAUGCACACCUGUAAAUAACACCUGGAAGACAUCUGCAGCACACAUGGAACUCAGCUGUA